GCCGAGGAUAUUGACUUUCCCGCAAGUUAAAGUAUUUAAAUGUAGAGGGAGACAGAUGCUGUAUUUGGACUGGAGGCAACCACAAGAAAUACACGUGUGGGAGGAAGGUUGACGCUGGAGUUUUACUAUCUGGGCAUCUUAUAGAGAGACAACUGUGACAAACAUUGCUUUAACUUGUUUUGAACAAGCAGAGCCGCGCAGCUACUCGUGAGAUUCAUUCAGCUUUUUUUUCUCCUUUUAAUAACUCUUCUUUUUAGGAAAUUAACGGUGCGCAACUGAUGCGUAAAGACCCGUGCGUAAAACAAACAAACGAAAAAACUUGAUCAGUGCUCUGUCAAAGCAAAUCACUGGGGAUUUGUUUCUGCUUUAAACCUUCGUUGUCGAAUGAUUGAAUGACACAAAGAGGAUUUGAUGGAGGUGGUUCAGUGACAGCGACCCUUUCUCCGGACUUUUUGAAGUUUGGAUUAGCAACACUUUUAAAUCUUCCGAACUUUUCAGCAGCGUGGGGAGCGGAUUCUGUCUACCUGCAUGGGACCCUGACGGUUUUGGAUCUCUUAAUUGUCACGGGUAUCACUUUCUAUGUGUAACAAGAGGGGGAUAAAAACUGAUCUGAUAUUCCCACCGGGAGGAACUUUAUUUCCUUGAGCUUCCAGCAGCGAAUCAGUGGAGUAUUCAUGAAGCAAUAUUUGAACUAUUACAAGAUGAGGCUGAGAACAUCGAGGUUAGGUUAUCUGUUACUUCAGUUCACGGCGCUUUGCUUUUACGCACAGAACUCUGUGCAGUCUCCUCCUAAUUUCAAGCACCAUGUCACCGAGCAGAGCCGGCUGUCGGAUCGGAUGAGCCGCAGGCUGACCAGAACCUACCAGCUGUACAGCCGAACCAGCGGGAAACACGUCCAGGUUCUGGCCAACAAGAGGGUCAACGCCAACGGAGACGACGGAGCCGUGCACGCUAAACUGGAAGUGGAGACGGACUCUUUUGGAAGUCGUGUUCGUAUUAAAGGGGUGAAGACAGGAUACUACAUAUGCAUGAACAAGAGGGGGAAGCUGAUUGGCAAGAGGAAAGGACGAGGCAAAGACUGCAUCUUCACUGAGAUUGUUCUGGAAAACAACUACACGGCACUUCAGAACGCCAAGUACGAGGGCUGGUACAUGGCUUUCACACGCAAGGGCCGUCCAAGGAAGGCCUCCAAGACCAAGCAGCACCAGAGGGAGGCUCACUUCAUGAAGCGUCUACCCAGGGGGCACUUGCUAAGCGAGAGGAGACCGUUUGAUGUCCUUCCUCUGCCUGUCCCUGCGCACCCUUUAAGCAAGCGGACUAAACAUUCCCAUCACCAGCGCUCCGGGGGACGCUGAGGACUGAAACCGCUGAGGGAGAACCGUGAAUGAACCAGCACAAGAACCACUGCAAGACAAAAACAUGUGCUCAGAAGCAAAAUGAUCUUUUUACAGUCAAGUGCCCAUACACACUUUUUUUGCCUCAUUUGUGGACUUAUUAUGUAAUUCUUUGUACUGGAUUGUAUGUAAACAUUGACUAUCUAAUCUGCUAGUUAUUUCCAAUUCAGACAAACUGUAGGAAGGAGUUUUUCUUAUUAAAUCAGGGGGCAUUCAAAGUACUGAAGAGCUCAACAAUAAUGUCAUGAAUGAAAACCUUUGUUUAGAAGUUAGCCAGCUCAGCAACAAAGAAUGUUUAUAAGUGAAAUGAGUAUAAUGAAGCUAGACAUGGCAGCUAUCUGUGGUUACAGCAUCUGAGCCUCAGUUGACAUGCUAUCUUGCCUUUAGGAGGCCGUUUUGGAGAAUAUGUAACCUGUUGUUUUUUUGUUUUUUUUUUUACAUAUAUGAAUAUAUUUUUACUGUAAAAAUGUAAAUUACAUCAAAUGAUGGAAAUAUUUAUUGUAGAGUGUAUAUUAAAACCACUAAAGAAUCA